UUUGUGUUGAGUAAUCAAAACAGAGAAAGCUUCACAAAGAGUUAGACGUUCAUAAAACGUGCAGAAUUUUUGUUCCAAAAGAAAUCUUAAGAAGUUCAAUAUGCCAAUCAUAAAGAAUCACGAGUUUGAUUUUGAAAAUCCCGAGGGAGUCGAUGAAAGCUUUUUGAUUAAAAGAUUAUCCUUGUAUGCCACCGUACGCCCCGAGGAUCUCAAAGCCCUGGGCGCGGAUCUUUACCAGUCCAGGUGGCGCGAUUUCCGACAGUCCCUUCAGGAUCUAUUUCACCCGCCCCAGGGUUUACGUCAAGAUCCACCCGAGGAGAGCGUAUGCUGCACUUCGUCCCCUGACGGUCUUGAUAAAGAAGCAACACCAGUAAUACAGGGGCGGGAAUUUUCCAUCCAGUACCAAUCGGCGGGAAUCCGGCCACACGAACUACCUGUUAUAGGUUUUCAUGUUGACGAUAAAAUCUGCCCCGGAUUUUGCUACCGAGUACGCUACAUGGGAACCAGAGACUUCCUGUUUAACGGGGAAUCGCGCAUGCUUCAAUCCGUCGGCCUUGGAUACGGAAAACGAUUGACCUUCCAGGGAAAUACCCAUAAUAACAACGAGAACUACUUUUGGUCGGACAGCCGAGCGGAAGGAUUUGCUUUCAGCAUAUGCGCAGUGGAAACAGGCGACAAGUUCGUAAUCUAUGACGAAGUCUCACGUGUUGCCGGUGACGUAGAGGUACUUAGUGUGGACGACGAUCAGACGGAAAUUGAUACCGUUUAUGAAAAAGGUUGUGUCAAGAAGUUCGUGCGCGUGCGCAUGACUGCAAACGUUCAAUAUCACAACCGCCACCAGGGUAUGUUGAUGGACGUCACAGACCACGUGAUCGAUAUAGAGGGGACUGCUGAGAUUGUACGCCAGCGGAGCUCCUCAAAGGCAACUACACAACAGAUCACGGACGUGCACGUGCAGAGUCUCGGCAAGUGCACGCUAUGGAAGGAAGACUGAGGAGGGGAAGUAUUAACUGAGACUUUAUCAGAAUCUCACGAAUGCUGAAUGCCACAGAGCGAGGUCACCCUUCCUUAGUCUACAAGUCAGGGACAAGGUUCAUUCACGUACCAACGACGGUUGACCACAUGUGCGUGUAAUAUAUUAAAUUUCCUUGAAACUCCUACCAUGUUACUUAAAGGAGAGAUUUCUAUAAACAUGUACAUUCAUUCAAAAUAGACAUUUUCUCUUUUUAUAUUGAUAUACAUUUGUUACCCUUGUUUUGUUUUUUAUGAAGAAUAAAAUAUUUGUUUUACA